UGCAGAAAUCCUGUCCAUUACAGAAAAUAUACAUCAAUCUCAUCCAAAAUGGCCGAAGAAAUCCUGCCCUCAAUCCUUACCAUGUGGGGCCGAACAAUAAUAAUGCACCUCGUGGACAUUUCAAAAGGACAGCACGUGGAAAAAUUCAAUAGCAUUCCUACAAAGGUUUUCAGACUUUCCAGAGUCUACUAACAUUUGUCAAUGUCUGAGUCAGAUAAAUUGCUCUUCUUGCUAUGUAAGAGUAAAGCCAUCAUUUUGUGCUAGUGAAUUCCAUCCAUUAGGGAAAAUAUAAAUCAAUCUCAUCCAAGAUGGCAGACGCAAUCCUAUCCUUUGCAGUAGAGAAUAUAGGCAAAUUGGCUAUUGAAGAAGGAAAGUUUCUACAAGGCGUUAGCGAGCAAGUCAGUCUCCUUCGUGACGAUCUCAAAUGCAUACAAAUGUUCUUAAGAUAUGCAGAUAAGAAACAGACUGCAAUGGACACUAUACAACAGUGGCUUCCGGAAUUUAGAGCGGUCGCUUAUGAAGCAAGUGAUUUGGUUGAAGACUAUGCUUUGCGGGUUUCAAUUUCAAGCAACAGAGGCUUUACGCGUGCUCUAAAGAGGACUGCUUGUAUCGCCAGAGAAGGUUAUGCCCUUCAUGAUUUGGGCUUAGAGAUUCAAAGUCUCAGAACUAGGAUCUCUAAUCUCACCAAAAAUUUUGGCUAGUUUGGGCAUGUAAUGACCAGAACGGAGGAAGCAGAGUCGAGAGCUCCAUCCAGGCAGCAACAAUUAAGGCACGCUUACUCCUUUGUGGCCGACGAUGAUGUGGUUGAACUGCCUAAUGAUGUUCAGGUGCUGGUUAAAUAUUUGCUGAAUGAGGUGGCAGAGCACAAAAUAAGUGUGGCUUCGAUUUUCGGCAUGGGAGGCAUAGGCAAAACCACUCUUGCUAGAAAGAUAUAUAUCACCAUGAAAGAUUGAAGCAUUAUUUUGAAGGUUUUGCUUGGGUUUGUGUGUCACAACAAUGGCAACCAAACGAUCUCUUGCAAGGCAUUCUACUCAAGCUUAUUCCUGAACAAAGAAAUGUGAUUGUGACGAGCAAAGAAGAUGAGCAAAGAAGGCUGCUUCAACAGCACUUGCGAGCUAGGAGAUGUUUGAUAGUUCUCGACGACCUUUGGUCAACAGAAGCUUGGGAUUGCUUAAAAGGCGCAAUCCCAGGUUCGGAGCAUGGAACCAAAAUUUUGCUCACAACUCGUAAAAGAGAUGUGGCAGCACAUGUUGGUCCAAAUGGUUAUCACCAUCCACUGAGUGGUUUGACCAAGGAAGAAAGUUGGGAUUUGCUACAAAAGAAAUCAUUGUGGGCGAGUAAUGGUGCAGGUUGUGAAGAUUUGGACAAGAUGGAAGAGUUGGGAAAGAAAAUGUUGAAUAACUGUGGGGGUCUUCCGUUGGCCGUGGUGGUUUUGGGUGAAAUUCUUAGAACUAAAAAAACCCUCAAGGAAUGGAAUGAAGUGCAUGAGAAUAUCAAAUCCUAUCUGACUAGGGGAGAACAAAUUGGAAAAGAAGGAGAGGUGCCAAAGAUUUUAGCGUACAGUUACUAUGACCUCCCCUGGCAAUUAAAACCAUGCUUCCUUUACUUGGGUAAAUUCAGGGAAGAUUCUGACAUUGGAGUAGAGAGUUUAUAUCAGAUGUGGAUAGGAGAAGGUAUGAUAUUUGAGAAUGAUAGAAGAGGGCAAGAACCAAUGAUGGAUGUUGCAGAGCGUUACUUGGAAGAAUUAGCAAACAGAUGCAUGGUUGAGGUUAAAGUACAUGAGGAGGGGAAGCGUGCAGUAACAAGGUUGGAGUCAUGUCGGCUUCACGAUCUUAUGAGAGAUAUGUGCUUAGCCAAGGCAAAAGAGGAGAAUUUGUACAAGGUGGUCGACCAUAGUACUUCACUAGAUUCUCCUCUUGCAAUUGAAGCACAAUAUGGUUUAGUCCUUCGUUUGCUUCCAAAAGAUAUCUCUAAAUACAACUUUCCGCCAAAAGAACAUAGUACGCAUCUUCGCUCAUUGUUGUGUGAUCCAUUGAAACAUUUUAUUCCAGGGGUGAGAAUAAUGUCCCAAGUCAACAAUUUGAAGAUGCUUAGAGUUUUGGCAAUUUUAUCCUUCGAUAUGGCCUCCGGAAGUUGUUUUCUCAAAUCACCUCUGGGAUAUAUUGGUAAUCUUAUCCAUUUGAGAUGUUUGAGAUUGAAAUGUCAAUAUAUAAACUUGCCAUAUUCCUUGGGCAAUUUAAAGUGCUUGGAAACUCUCGAUUUAUCUGGCAGUUCUCGUUCUUGUAGAAUACCGAACGUGCUAUGGAAAUUGGAACGUUUGAGAUAUCUUUAUCUUCCAGACUGGAGGUGGUGGGACGCUCACCCUAAGCUGUGGUUAAGCAAGCAACUGGAGAUACUUGAAUCAUUCGAUAACAGGUUUUGCUAUCCUAAAGAAGUAUGCAAAUUAUCGAAUCUCAAAGCUUUCAAAGCAAUAGUGUAUAAAAAUCUUGAGGACCUGGAACACAUCAUCAAUCAUAUAUCAAACUUGGACUGCAUGCGCAUUAGCUCACUUAGAAUCGUUGACUUUGAUUUUGGCAACAACAGGGGUUUGGAUGUUCUUUCAAUGGUGUUGUUUAGUAGGAAUAUUCAUGAAUUAGAGAUCGGCGAUAGUUUAUGCAAGAAGUUACCGGAUUACCAAUCCCAUAUGUUUCCUGAUCCUGCAGGACUUACUCGAUUAGAGCUGUAUUAUACUUAUAUUGAGGAAGACCCAAUAGGAACACUAGAGAAGCUUCCUAACCUGAGAAUACUGGAACUUGGGUCAUAUUCUUUUCUGGGCCGAGAAAUGAUCUGCCGCUCAAUGGGAUUUCCCCAACUAAAACAUCUCGGGCUUCGUGGUCUGUAUAAUUUACUGCAGUGGACAGUGGAAGACGGGGCCAUGCCUAAGCUCUCAAGUUUAUGGAUUGGGGAGUGUGAAGAAUUGGAAAUGAUUCCAGAUGGGUUGAGAUAUGUAACCACCCUAAAUGAGGUAUCCCUUGUGCAAAUGCCUGAAGAAUUCAACAACAGAGUUACGAGAGAGAAAGGUCAACAAGGAGAAGAUUAUGAAAAAAUAUGCCAUGUGCCUUUAGUUAAUAUCAGCAGUUAGCGAAUUUUGGUGAAGACGAAGUAAGUUCAUAUUUGAAUGCAUUGUGUUCCAUCCUGUAAGGUAAAAUCAAAAGAUUUUGCUUAUUUCCUCAUCUGUGGAAUUGGAUUGACAUAAUCUCUCACGAAUUAAAUUUAGUGGAUUAGUAUGUGUCACCGUCAUAUAAUGUGAUAGAAUGUUGCAUGGCAUAAAAAGUGCCUAUCAACUACUUAAACUAUUUGUUCUUUCCAUUUAAUUGUUUUAGAUUACCAUCCCUAUUUAAUC